AUGGCAGUUGACGCAGGGGCCAACCUUGUUCUACCAAAAAUGGCAUUACGCGACUCCAACGAUCUCACAAACUACAAUUUUAUGAAUGACUCAAAUCACCUGCCGUACCGCGAUUGGUUUGAUGCAGACCAUGUCAUUAGUCAUCUGCAAGCCGCUUGUCCACAAAUGAAGGUGGUGGAGGAAGAUCCAAAGGAAUGGAGGUAUACCCUUGAUGUUGAGCUCGAGGCCGACCCGGCGUUUGUCUUGUUCCGUGGUGUUUUCUGGCCGGGUCAUCCGUUCCGCAAGUUCUUCGAUGCGCAAGUAGCGCGCAAGAUUGAAGAGUGGCAUGGUCGUUUGAUAUUUCCUGUGCCAGAGAAGGGUGCAACCAUUGUCAAUGUCAUGUCGGCGUUCACAACAUACAAAGUGACGGAUGAUCCAACCGGCGAGACCUUGCGUAUUUGGUACGAGUUGGGUCACUUGAUUCGAUUCAACGAGAGACCGAGAAAUCUGGUUUCUGCACUCAUGGGUAAAUUGGCCGGUGGUCCCUUCAUCGGUGUGCAUUUCCGCGUUGAAGCAGAUGCCGGUAGCUGGGCUCCUGUGGAUGAGCAAAUUGCGCGUGUUUUGGAAGCAGCAGAGCGUGCAUGGAAGGAAUACGGGUGGGCUAAACAAGGUGCAAAGAAGGUCAUCUAUCUCGCAUGCGGCGACAAGGACCAAAUCAACAAAUUUGCCAGUGCAGCGAGGGGUUGGAACGUGGUGGACAAGCUGUCUGUUGCACGACAAUGGCCAACGAAGACGUCUGAUGAUAUCAUUCAUGCCAUCAAGGAGAUGCCAUUCGACCACCAAGGAUCGAUUGACUUUGGCGUCAUGCUCAAAUCUUCCUUCUUCUUGGGUGUCAUGGGCAGUGCAUUCAGCUACACGGUGGCCAAUGCGAGAGAUCCACUGUCGCGGUAUCGCGGUUCCUCUUUCGACAUCCAGUCGACGGGCGCGAGGCAGGCUGCAUCCCAUCUCUUUGAAGACAAUGAAGCUCUCGCAUACUCUUGCUGUCUCUGA